UGAUGACAGAAGUUUUAAACUCCCAAUCGGCUCACCAAGGCUUAGUCUGGCAGGAUUUAAAAUCGAUGCGUGCCAUGACUGACUCUAUCAUACAUGAAUGUAGCGGCUACAGUCCAGUCUUGAUGUUCAUGAUGGGAGCAAGCUAUUCAAAAGUCCAAGAAGAACUCACUCUUGAAGCCUUUCUGGAAAUAGCUGCUAAAAUCCAGGCUAAAAUUCAGUACUUUGGUCAAGACAGCUCUGAAGCUAAGAGGAUUUACAAAGAGCUGAAUACGAAAGCUGACAUUAGGGAUGUUCUCAAUCUCCCAUUUUUCAAAAUGAAGACUCUAGAGGAGGUCAAAGGAUCUGAAUCAUCAGAAAUUAGCAAAGAUAGUCUAAAAAACAGGAGCGCGAUGGAAUCUAAUACUAGUGAAGACACCACAUCAGGAAUUCUGAUGCUUGAAAAAUCAUGGAUCUCCCAAGGAGUCUUCUUUGUAAUAAAGUACAGUCUACAUAUACAGGCUCACGAAGAAUGGCCAUGAAGGAUUCCAUGGCUUAGCCUAUUCAAACCAGUCGGACAAUAAAUAGUUGUAUUUAUUCCAGGAAUUUUGUCAAACUCCUGAAGUAU